AUGGCAACUAUCAAAGUAGAUAUUGAGCGAGGGCAGCAGCUGUCGAAUCCAGCAGCCGCUCUCCAUCUUUCACAACAAGCCUCCACGCUCUUGACGAAGCCUUAUUCUUUGUCGACCUUACCCUUCGUUGCUUCCGAGAACCCUGAACAGUGGAUUGAGUAUGAACAACUUUUCCUCGUAUGUUUACGGACUGGCGAUGACAAAUCAGCGCAUCUUUGCCUCGAUCGUCUCACAGAGCGGUUUGGCCCGGCCAAUGAACGGAUCAUGGGAUUAAGGGGUCUCUACCAAGAAGCAACGGCAAAGGACCCCUCUGCCCUGGAGGUGAUUUUGAAGGAGUAUAACAAGAUACUCGCUGGAAAUGCCGUCAACGUGCCCAUCUUGAAGCGUCGUAUUGCGCUCCUACGUUCGAUGAAUAAAAACGAUGAAGCUGUAUCGGCAUUGGUGGACUACCUUGAAGCUUUCCCAACAGAUGCUGAGGCAUGGUGCGAACUUGGAGAUUUGUAUCAGUCCAAUGCAAUGAGUGCCCAGGCGAUCUUCAGUCUUGAGGAAGCGCUGCUUAUUACACCAAACUCAUGGAAUCUGCAUGCGCGACUCGGAGAGAUUCUUUACAUAUCUACGAUGUCUGCCGACCGAAGUAUUUCCACCACGCAAACGUUAUCAAGAUCAGUCAAACAUUUCUUACGGAGCCUUGAACUAUGCGACGAUUAUGUGAGAGGAUUGUACGGUCUCAUCAUGACUACGACGGAGCUGAUCAAACAGAUACAAAGUGGAGCGGAGGCUAGUGCCGAUUUCGAAGUACCAUCUGUAAAGACGCUGGAGGAGUUGAGGUCUAUGGCUAUUCAGAAAGCAGAGAAGCUUAUCCAAUCACAGCAGUCGGUCACUCACCAGCCAGAUGGCCUCGUCUCCUUGAAAGAGCUAGUGCAGCAGAAAUAG